ACCAGCAUGGAGGGACCCUGGGUAGGCACCUGGAGACCUCAUCCCCGACGGGGCCCAAUACUUGCAGAAUUCAGCACCCCAGGUCCCAAGUACUGGCUUCCUGGGACAACAGGUUAUGUAGCCCAUGAUCCCACCAAAGACAGAGCCCCUGCAUACUCAUUUCGAGGGACCAAAGCUCCCUCCGAAGCAACCUGCUCACCAGGUCCUCGAUACUUCAUCGAAUCAUCCAUUACCAAGACUGGGAAGCAGGUGGCUCCAUCAGCACUUGUGACAGCACGUCCCAAGACCAAGAUUUUGGUCACCCCUGGACCCAGUGACUACACCACAGAUCCUGCCAACAAACACAUCUACUAUAAGGCACCAGCGAAUAGCCUGGCAUCUCGGCCCAAGGACCUAAAAGGCUUCCGAACACCAGGUCCUGGCACCUACACCCUGCCCAGGAUUCUGGGACCACACACAGCAUACACUCAUGCCGAACCAUGCUACUCCAUGAAAGGGAAGAGUAACUACCAGAGCUGUUUUCAAGAUGCGGCAAAGACGCCAGGUCCUGCAGCAUUUGACAAGGUGGAUCUGGACGUCUACAAAACCAGGGCUCCCAAGUUCUCAAUGGGACUAAAAACCAAACUUGCUGGGAAGGGAAUAGGUCCAGGUCCAGCAGAAUACAGCCUGGGAAAGUUGUCAGUGACCAAGGCCCGGGAUCCUGCCUUCAGUUUUGGAGUCCGACAUUCUCUCUACAAAGCUUCUUUAAUACCUGAAACACAUCUUGAUUAA